AUGCGGCCAUCCGACUACGCUCGCCAAGCCAAGAAACAAGCAAACGUGGCUCUUCUGGAAAGAAUACGAAACCAAAUACAUCAUGCUCAAGCAGGGAAAGAAAUAACUCGAAAUGACUUGGUCGUGAAAAAGUUGCUGACAGACGUACCAAUAGGAAUAAGUAUAAGUAAUCAAAAGUUCUUGCUGAAAGGGCGACUACCAAUCACCAAUCAUACUUUACGUGUCGGAGUCGAGGCUGUUUUGCAGACAGGCUGGCGUAGAAUCAAAUGGCCUAAUGGUUUCUCUGUAUUGCAUUUGGCAGCAAAAUGUGAACAUCUUCAGGCGCUCAAGUUUCUACUCCAUUCCGUCGAACAUGUUUUGGAGGACGUCCGAGCAACAGAUGGGCAAGGAAUGACACCUCUGGACUACGCAAUGGCAGAAGAGCACGUCGAAGAGGUGACCGAAUACUUGCGGCACUCCGAGGCGAUGACUAUGGGACCAGUGCGAAAGGAGAUCUCGAUAGAUUGGCAGAACGUACUGGAAUGCUGUACUCGUAGUCUAGACGGUGACAGCACGUGUCUUGAUUUUGUCUUCUGACUCUGAUUUAUGAUAGGAAAUUAGAUUUCUGGAGCUUUUGUAGUAGCUUGCGGUCUAAAUUUUUCUUAUCACGUGAUAGAUAGAUCCCGCCAAUUACUACUCAGUUGUAAUUUCCUUCUAGUCGCUCCGAGAGGAAGAUGCUUGCGAUAGACAAUGUAGGACAUUCGAAUCUUCGUAUCAGAUGUUGACAACAUGAAGAAGUCAGAAUAUAUCCCGUUCCUGGC